AUGCCAGUUCCUAGUGAUAGUCAAGUGGCAGAGGUGGUAGUGACAUUUGAAGAUUUCAAAACUCUUCAUGAACCUCAGCUAAGAACUACAGGUGUUCCUGAAAUAUAUUGGAAAACUUUGUUUACCAAACUCACAAAACAGAUAUAUGAUGCUGGAAGAAGUUUUCAGAUAUUAUGUGUUGAAUUAGAAAAUGAAGAGAAUGAAGUUAAAGAAAUUAAAUGGAAAGUUGUAGUGAUUAAUGAAGAUGGUUGUAAGACAAGUGAUGAGAAUCAAAUUUAUCUGGUGGAUCAUGCCUGGACUUAUAAAGUUAAAGAAGCUAGGAACCAUCUGAUCAAUAUACCUUGUCUAUUAGAGAGAAUGGUAGAUCUGAUGGAGAUAUCAAAAGAAAACCAAUCAAAAGAUGAUAUGAUCAACAAUGUAUUAUCUGAAAUGUGGAAAUAUAAUCAAACCUUUAGCUUUGGAAAUACUGAAUUGGGUUCAGAAGAAUCUUUACCAUACUGGUACAUUAUGGAUGAAUUUGGUUCUAAAAUACAACAUUCUGAUAACCCAACAUUUAAAAUGGAACCAUUUUUCUUUUCCUAUCAAAAUAUUUCAUUUACAUUACUAUGGCCAAUUGUUGAUAGCAAAAAAGGCGAUGAUGUUACAAGAAAUUAUGUUGAAAAUACCAGUGAUCCAUUGAUUCAGAAGGCUAAACUAAUACCAUGGAGAUAUGAGAAUAUGACUACUAUAAAUUGUAAACAAGAGGAGCCUGAUGACUCUUACUUUAUUAGUCAUCGAGUGAAUGAAAGUCUUCCAAACCCAACAGCUACUUAUCCUGAUCUACCUAAAGAUAGAAGUAUUAAAGUUUAUAUGGAGUAUAAAAAUUUGGCUGAACAUUUGACAGAUCCACGUUUUGAAUUAAUCGAUAAUACAGCAGAUGCUGAUAUAUUAUGGUUAAAUCAACAUUAUAAAGAUUUCAAGGGUCUAAGUGAAGAGUUACCAGGGGUGUAUAUUAAUCAGUUUCCUAUGGAAUAUGUUUUAACAGUAAAAGAUAUAAUGGCUAUUGUAAGUAGAAGAGCAGCUAAACAUGAUGAGGUAUUCCCAUCUUCACCUACAUGGUUACCAGUAACCUACAAUUUAAAAACAGAGUUACCUCAAUUUAUAUCUUAUUAUCAGCAAAGAGAAGAAAGGGGACUAGAUAACCAUUGGAUUUGUAAACCAUGGAAUUUGGCUAGAUCUUUGGAUAUGCAUAUAACAAAAGACAUUAAUUAUGUAGUAAGAUUAGCUGAUUCAAGUCCUAAGGUAGCCUGUAAAUAUAUUCAUGAUCCAGUUUUAUUCUUUAGAGAAGAUGUUGGUCAAGUGAAAUUUGAUUUUCGUUAUAUUGUUUUAUUAUCUGGUGUACAACCUCUCAAACUUUAUGCUUAUCAAGUAUUCUGGCUUCGAUUUGCUAACAGAUCCUACUCUUUAGAUAAUUUUGAUGAUUAUGAAAAACAUUAUACUGUAAUGAAUUAUGAUGACGAUGCAGAUUUAAAACAGAUCCAUUAUGAUGAAUUUAUACCUAUGUUUAAUGAACAAUAUUCAAUGUAUCCAUGGGAAGAUAUACAGAAAGAUGUAUUUAAAAUGAUGAGAGAAUUAUUUGAGGCUGGUAGUAAUAGUCCUGCCCCACGUGGUAUUCAACCUUCACCCCAAUCCAAGGCUAUGUAUGCAUUAGAUAUGAUGUUAAGUUGGGAAGUUAAUGAACAAGGUGAAAAGUAUGUACAACCUCAAAUAUGUGAAGUAAAUUAUGCACCAGAUUGUGAUAGAGCUUGUUUAUAUCAUCCUUUCUUUAUUAAUGAUGUUUUCAGUGUUUUAUUUUUAAAUGAAACUGAAAAUAAACAUGUUAUUUCAAUUUAA